AUGCUUCAGGGGCUUACAAGUCUCGCUGAACUGGAUCUUUCGGGAAAUCGGAUCUCUUCACUGACAACUGGGGUCUUCGAUUUGACCCCUGACUUGCGUGAAUUGUCACUGAAUGACAAUGGCAUAGCCAGCAUCGAGGAUGGAACAUUUGCGAAGCUGACAUCGCUGAAGAAGUUGAGUCUCAGCGGGAAUCAGAUCAACACCAUUACCAAAAACAUGUUCAAAGGACUCGACUCCCUGGAAGUGCUAAACUUGCAGAACAACAAAAUUACUAGCAUUGACUGGUCGGCUUUUGCGAAUCUAAAGCAGCUGAGGACUCUUGAUCUCGGAACCAACCAUGCUAGCAAUGUAAGAAUCAAUUUUCAUCUUCCAUCACUGAUACUUCUCUCACUGGAUCGAAACUCGAUCUCGGAAAUUGCUGACGGAGAUCUUUCCGGACUGGCGAGAAGUACGCGAUUGGAAAGUCUAACCAUUGCAGCGAAUAACAUCAGUCAGAUAUCGCAACGUGCGCUCUCUCCCGUGCAACAUCUCAAUGUAUUGGCAAUGCAGAACAAUCAGUUGACAUCCUUGACGAAAGAUGGACAAUCCUAUCUUCGUCCGCUUCGUCGUCUUACAACAUUACUGCUAUCCGGCAAUCAGCUUCGCUCAAUCGGUGAGCACGAUCUACCGCGGACACUUACAGUUCUAGCCGCCGAUCACAACCUUCUCGAGAAGAUUGACGUCAAAGCAUUCGAGGGGAUGUCCUUGCAUAAGCUGUUCAUUAAUAACAACAAACUGCCAUUCCUGCAUCGGCACACCUUCGACUCGAUCUCCUUUGACACGCUUGAGGCUAUCGACAUCACUUGUGAGUUAGCUAUUCAAGCUUCGAAAAACAUAAAGGGGCGUAGAAGAGUGACAGGAGGGGAAAGCGGGAGGGGUGGCAAAGUGGAAAAGGUACCAGUGAUUCUUUUAUGA